AUGUGGGAGGACAUGAGGGAGGACAUGGGGGAGAGAGGACAUGGGGGAGGGAGGAUAUGGGGGAGAGAGGACAUGGGGGAGGGAGGACAUGGGGGAGGGAGGACAUGGGGGACAACAUGGGGGAGGGAGGAUUUGGGGGAGGACAUGGGGGAGGGAGGAUAUGGGGGAGGACAUGGGGGAGAGAGGACAUGGGGGAGGGAGGAUAUGGGGGAAAGAGGACAUGGGGGAGGGAGGAUAUGGGGGAGAGAGGACAUGGGGGAGGGAGGAUAUGGGGGAGGACAUGGGGGAGGGAGGACAUGGGGCAGGGAGGAUAUGGGGGAGAGAGGACAUGGGGGAGAGAGGACAUGGGGGAGGGAGGACAUGGGGGAGAGAGGAUAUGGGGGAGGGAGGACAUGGGGUAGAGAGGACAUGGGGGAGAGAGGACAUGGGGGAGAGAGGACAUGGGGGAGGGAGGACAUGGGGGAGAGAGGAUAUGGGGGAGGGAGGACAUGGGGCAGGGAGGAUAUGGGGGAGAGAGGACAUGGGGGAGAGAGGACAUGGGGGAGGGAGGACAUGGGGGAGAGAGGAUAUGGGGGAGAGAGGACAUGGGGGAGGGAGGACAUGGGGGAGGGAGGAUAUGGGGGAGAGAGGACAUGGGGGAGGGAGGACAUGGGGGAGAGAGGACAUGGGGGAGGGAGGACAUGGGGGAGAGAGGACAUGGGGGAGGGAGGACAUGGGGGAGAGAGGACAUGGGGGAGAGAGGACAUGGGGGAGGGAGGAUAUGGGGGAGAGAGGACAUGGGGGAGAGAGGACAUGGGGGAGAAAGCACAGACCUCUCUGCAUGUUCCUGAGUCAGGUCUUUACAGCGACCACAGCUUCUCUUUCUUCUGA